CGGCGGGCGGUUGGCACCACUGUGGCACGUGGUUCGCUCCAAACAAGCCCGUUGCCGGUAAUCAUGGAUUCUACCGAUUAUUUAGGGCUAAGUAAAAUCAAAAUUUUAAAAAAUGUGCGUGAAGCAGUGCCGGAAAAGUUAAAAAAGUCAAUCAACUUGCUUGCGGUCAAAUACGGCGUGCUUUUCACCUGGGAUUUUGCCAACAAUUGUGUCCUAACCUUAAAUAUUAAAGCUGCAAGAAGCAACGAUGGGGAUAAUGUUACGCACCAAAAUCUCUUCCCCGUACUUCCGGUCAUGUUCCAACCGGAGUUAUUGCUGGUCAACGAUACCGGAACAUUGCUGCUGGUGGCCGGCCCGUCCGGAAUCAUAGUGAUGGAGCUGCCGGCCAUGCACCUGCUCUAUGGGGCCGAUAGCAGAGAUGUGGUGUUCUGCAGAACGCACACGCUCGACGAACGCCUACUUAUCUGCAGCGACGUCGUCCAAGUCCGACAAGUCCGCUUCCAUCCGGGGAGUCCCCGGAACACGCACAUCGUGGCCCUCACCUCCGACAACACACUUCGGCUCUAUAACAUUGAGAACCGGAGUGCGGUAAGUGUGUCGAAGGUCACAAUCGGGGAAACACCGAUUGGGGUUUUCCCCGGAACGAAAACGUCGUUCUUGGCCGCGUUCGGCGAAGUCGGCGUUGAUUUCGAUUUCGGCCAACCGGAAAUCACGAAAUCACCGACCAAUGACGAAACACAGGAGUUACAAUGGCCGGUUUUUGUUUUAAGAGGGGAUGGAAGUGUCUACAGUGUCACCGUCCCGCUCGAGCCAAAGGCCAAAUGGGCGGUUAAAGGCCCGCUUCCGCAAAACACCCCCGAGGGGAAUCCCCGGAUGGAAGCAUGCGCUAUCAUUUGUUUGAACACCAAUCCGGAAGUGGUCUGCAUAGCCAACUCGAACGGUACAAUCCUCCAUUCGAUUGUGCUACCACUAGACCACGAAACUAGAGAAUUGCUUUGUUUUGAAAGUAUUGAACUCGAGCUGGGACUUUCGACCACAACCGAUGACAAUAGCUACACUUGUCCGAUUUUUUUGCACAAAGAUGAGUCGAAAUCUGGGCGCUUUUGCGCCACACACUCGGCCGGUGUCCAUUUGGUCACAGUUGGCUGUGUUAAAGACCUCCAAGAGUACGUAAAUGGGCAAAAUGAGGAGCAAGCGCUCGAUGAAAUUUUCAAUUGCGAAAGCAAGGCCGAAUAUCUAGUUUGUACCAAAACUUCAAAUUCGGAAAAAACGAACCCGGUUAUAGGUUUUUCCCUGUAUUACGAGCCCACUUCCUUGAUUGCGAUUUUAGCCGAUGGGAAUUUGGUCACGCUGGGGAUUUUAACGGCCGAAGUGUUGCCCCAAAUCGGGGAUUUACCCCGUGAGGGUGUCAAGGACGAGGCGACUUCUCCUUUAAAAAAAAUGUUGCGUGAGCCGGUCGAUGUCGUUGUUGAAAGAUUGUUGAAACGGAGCUCAAAUCAGCCGAUUUUGAAGCUGGGAGGUGACGGCAAACACAGCCAAAAGGACUGUCACGAGUUGCUUCAAAGAGCGUCCAAAUUCUUCCGCGAGUCGUUCGAGAACCACACCCGCGCUCGGGAGGAAAUCGAAAAAAGGGCCAAAGUGCUCCAAGUGAUGAUGGAGUUCCAGUUGAAGCAAAUCCAGCGAAUGAACAACGAGAAACACCAAGUUCAGGCGAAGGCUGAGAGUUUGGCCGAGAAGUACGAAGAUAUCAAGGACAAGCAUGACGUGAUUAUGAAGAGGUGUGAGAAGAUGCUGGUUUUGGUGAGUCAGAAGAAGGCCGAGCCGUCCGAUGCCGAGAAGGAGUACUUGAAGGAGCUGGAGCAGUACAUGGAGAAGAUCGAGAAGUACAAGAAGUCAAUCGAGAAGUUGAAGAUGAAGAUGAACUACCAGAAGAUACAAAUCGCGAAUUGGAAGGCACAGGAGGAGAAGAAGGUGCCGGCUUUGAGCGAGACGCACUCACUCACGAUUAAGGAUAACUUGAAGAAAACGAGCGAAAAAAUCGCGGAAAUGGUCAAGGAGAUAAACGAGUACAAGGAGCGGCUCAAUUUGAAUUUCAGAGUUAUCCGAACGAACUGAAAUCUUGCAUACUUACGUUACAAUAAUAUUAAGGUUAAACAAUUAUUAUCAAUGUCUGGGCUCCUAUCUGAAAUACGAAGAUGAAACAAACGCCAGUGGUUAAAACAACAAAUCUACAGGGUGUUUGUGGAGCAAACUCAAUUUUUGGGAUUUCAGGAGUGGUCAAGCACAAGGAACGGCUCAAUUUGAAGUAAUCAUGUUUUGUAUGAAAUUUUUUUAAUAAAAUUUUGCGAAUAUUUCCUGGUUUAUUCACAUUUUUUUGUUUUAUUUAACUUGUUUUGUAGUCAAAUUUCAGAGUUAUCCGAACGAACUGAAAUUUUGCAUACCUACGUAAUUUUCGCAACAUUUCAAUAAUAUUAAGGUUAAACUAUUAUUAUGAAUAUCUCGGCUCCUAACUGAAAUACGAAGAAACAAACGCCACUAGUUAGAGGAAAAAAAUCUACUGGGUGUUUGUGGAGCAAACUCGAUUUUUGGAGUUUCCGGAGUGCUCAAGUACAAGAAACGACUCAAUUUGAAGUAAUCAUGUUUUGUAUGAAAAUUGUCUAAUAAAAUUUUGCAAUUAUUUCGUGGUUUUAUUCACUUUUUUGAAGUUUUAUUUAACUUGUUUUGUUGUCAAAUUUCAGAGUUAUCCGAACGAACUGAAAUUUUGCAUACCUACGUAAUUUUCGCAACAUUUCAAUAAUAUUAAGGUUAAACUAUUAUUAUGAAUAUCUCGGCUCCUAACUGAAAUACGAAGAUGAAACAAACGCCACUAGUUAGUGGAAAAAAAUCUACUGGGUGUUUGUGGAGCAAACUCGAUUUUUGGAGUUUCAGGUGUGGUCAAGUACAAGGAAAGGCUCAAUUUGAAGUAAUCAUGUUUUGUAUGAAAAUUUUCUAAUAAAAUUUUGCAAUUAUUUCGUGGUUUUAUUCACUUUUUUUGAAGUUUUAUUUAACUUGUUUUGUUGUCAAAUUUCAGAGUUAUCCGAACGAAGUGAAAUUUUGCAUACCUACGUAAUUUUCGCAACAUUACAAUAAUAUUAAGGUUAAACAAUUAUUAUUAAUAUCUCGGCUCCUAACUGAAAUACGAAGAUGAAACAAACGCCACUAGUUAGAGGAAAAAAAUCUACUGGGUGUUUGUGGAGCAAACUCGAUUUUUGGAGUUUCCGGAGUGGUCAAGUACAAGGAAAGGCUCAAUUUGAAGUAAUCAUGUUUUGUAUGAAAAUUUUCUAAUAAAAUUUUGCAAUUA